AGAAGAAGAAGUGGAUCCGAAGGAGAGGGCGAAAUCUCGCUGGCGCUUCGACCAUGGAAGAGCACCGGAGCAAGUGCCAGAGGAUUUUGACACCUGUUACGGGACAAGGCUUUCUCCGGCCAGAAGAAAAUAAGUGGCUAUACCAAGGAAGAACUUGAGGAGACCUACGAUUUUCUCUUGCUCUGUAACAAAACAGAGCAUUACUUGUAUGAAUUUUCUGCUUGUGGAGUUGUGGAACAUCCUUGGCGGAUCUGCCCCUAUGUAACUAUCGUUCUUUAGUGCUGUGAGCUUCAAAGGAUGCCGCCAUUAAACCACAAGAGCACAGCUGAAUGUACGACAGAAGUGCUGUAUCACGCCUGGAAAGGACAGCUAUUCAUUCACGAACAGCCACUGUGUGACGUCGUCUUUCAGUCACCAUUUAGUAGUCCCAUCCCAGCACAAUUACCAGCCAAACUAGAGGUCAGACAUGUUGUGGGUGUAUCUGAGUUGAGAAAAAAGUUUCCCGAAGCAGCAUUUCAGAAAAACAGUUACGCAAAUCCUGAAGUCUGCUAUCAAGGAAUUUUGUUCUGUUUAUAUGAAGUAGAAAUACUAAAUCAAAGUGAAUUGAAAGUGGAUCAGUUAUUACGGAGUUUGAAAGAAAAAGAUCUGGCACUUGUCAAAUAUUUAAAUGACCGGGGUGUUCUUGUCUUACUUGCCUCGUCUUCCUUGGUAAAAGAAAAAGAUUCUGACCCAGAUGAACCUACAUGUCUUCAGGCUUUGUUUUUGAUCUCGUCACCAAGGCCAAAGUGUUUAACAGCAACCGAUUGGAAAUGUGAACGUGGGGAGAGUGACCGAUCUUUGCAAGUCACGUUGGUUCUGCCGGGCCUUCGCCACGCCUUGGUAGAAGCAGCCAAGGUGCCAGAUGGUGGAGCUUCUCCUAGUUCCUUGGUUAAGCUGCACAUCCAAGAGUUUGCAAAGCUGCAUAAGGAUUUACCACCAACCUUUGGCAGCCUUGAUAGCCAACCCUUCUCUUUUGAUCUGUUCCUAAAGAACCCGGACCUCGAUGCUUUUUCCGAAAAGUGUCUCCCAACCUCUUUUAAUCACCUGCAAUUCUACCUGUCGCAUCCUCAAAACUAUAUCCUGGAAAUGUCAGCAGCCGUUGCUUGUUUGAAAGACCGCUCUCCGUCGGCCGGCAGCGGUGGCGUGCAGGAUGCUGACAGUUCUUCGGGUUUAAAUGUGGACUCCUUGCCUCCUGGUGGCACUCCUGAGGCUGUCGAAACCACCCGGCCCCGGCGUGCUGUGCAGUCAAAUCCGUCGAACAAAGAUGCUGCAGCGAAAACCACCUUGACGGGUGAUCGACCUUUGCAACGAUGUAAAAGGAAAUCUAGCAGGCUCCUUGGGGCAAGUGCGAGGAAGAAAUGGUCCCCUCUGAAGGUCCUUUGCCUCAUGGAGAGCAACAAAAAGCGGAAGAAAACCAGGAAGAAAAAGAAGAGUCCUUCUCCCUCAUCUUCUAAAAAUUCGGGACCUGCAGUAAAUUCUAAUGAACCCACCCUUAAAUUAAAAAACCUUCAGAAUCCACUAAGGAGGAAGAGGGGUGCCGAGGUUUUGUCUGCGGAGUUUGUGCAGAGAACCAGGUGCGAGUCCGCUUCGAAAGCCGCUUCUGAGGGCCUUGGGGGUCAGGGAGAAAAAAAGCCCCGGCUCUUGAAGCACAAAAAGGAUACCGACAAAGUUAAAAGUGAGGAGAAAAUGGACACAAGGAGGCAAAUCACCAGGAAAAGCGCCCGUCGCAAUAUGGAUGACACCCCACUGGAAAGCCAGCGGGUGGUUGCCGAUGAGAACGAUCCGGUGGGUGAAAGAGCAGCGACUCAGGAGGCUUGCCCAGCUCCAAAAAAGGAAGAAUGCGAUUCCCACGCCUUGAACAUGUUGGCUGACCUGGCGCUGAGCUCCUGCAACUCUCCGUUGGUCAGUAACAGCAGCAAGGCUUCCUCGCCCUCCGGCCCAUUGCGGGAGCGCUGCCGCCUGCAGAGAGGGAAGCCUUUGCACAAGUCUUCUGACCACGAAUAUCAUAGAGCCACCAAAAAAUUGAAGGGUGCCUCCCUUUCGAGCAAAACUUGCCCAAAGGCUCUUUUGACUCCCGGGCAAAGUAGCCUAGCUUCGGAAUCUCCUUCUAGCUCUCAAGAGAGAGGCCAAGUGAGCUCUAGCAAAAAGAGGACCGCGAGGCCUGGUCCGGCUAAGCCCCACGCAGCCCCUCCGAAGGAGGCCGGGGAUCUCUUGGACUCGGGCAUGCACUCCCUGAUUUCCUCUGAGCACUCGUACGCCUCUCCCGUAGCGGAGUCUUUGAAGAAAGGCGCGCCGGGUUCUCCCAGCUCCAAGAACGGGGUGAAGAAUGUCAAAUCGGGGCCCUUGGUUGGGAAAGUGCUGCCUUUCCGGCACCAGCAGAGCGUUUGCCACCCGCACAAACAGUUCAAGAACUACUUGCCCUUCAUGCGCUCCACCGUCAUGGCUGCGAGGUUGAAGGACGACUUCUCCAAGUCCCACAAAGUGGCCUUUUGUGACAAAACUGUUAAAGUGACGUUCCAGUGGGAGGCGGAAUACCUCUUCAGUUUAGAUAGCAAAUACACUAAUAGUUCCUUAGAGAAAACAGUGAUUCGGGCUGUGCACGGGCCCUGGGAUGUCAGCCGGACAGAUGAUCUGGAAGAAAUGAAGCUCAUCCUUCACAUGUGGGUGGCUCUAUUUUAUAGCAAGCCAUUCAAAUCCCCUACAGUAAGGAAAGUGGUUGAACACAGCAACCCUGCCAAGUAUGUAUCGCUGAACAGUGUCGUGGAUCCUUUGGAACUAAUUGACGACUGCGAAGGGCCUUACAGUUUGGAGAAAUGCCCAGCGGAUUCUCUCUCCGACGCUAACCAGCCCCCCGGCGAAGUGGAAGAGAGAGCGGUUUCUCCCUCUGAGAAGCCCCUCUCCUGCAAUGAACUGUCCUCCACGAAUUGCCUAGAGGAUGAGGGGCCCCUUGUGAACCCUGAGGAACCCAGCGAUCUGCCUUUGAAGGAAGAUCAGCUCCGCACCACCGCCCACAAUUCUGAAGACACCAUGCGUUCCUUGGAUAAGGUGGUGGCUGGAGCGGAACCUGAAGAAGAAUGCUUGCUGGAUCCUGUUCUCUCCGGUGAAACCCCGAACGUAAACUCAUCGGGGGAACACAGUACCGGGUGCUCCAGGCCUUGGGCGUAUAGAACGGAGGCAGUGUCAGAUGCAAGUCGAGCUGUUCACGUAGUUGAAGCUUCCCAAAGUGAUGCCACUGCCGUAUGUGCUGAACCUCCAGAGGAUUCAUCAGGCAAACAGCCUGCAGCAAGCAACCAGGCUGCCGUUUCUGUGGGGAGUUGGGAAAUAAACAUUGCCACUCCUUCCGCAGAGGGGAAGGAAGACAAUCACCAGACUGGGGGUGUUGAAUUACUACAUAUGUCUGAAGCAGUGUGGUUAGAAGCAAAUGCUGAUUGUAGAGAAGAUGAUAGCCCUUGCCAAGACGUGAGAGAGUUACAGGACCAGCCCAUGGACGAGGAAGAUGCAGAGAGUGUGGAGUGGGAAUCCAUUGAUCUCGCUCUUUCAGAAAGCAACGAUGCGGACAUGGAACCCCGAGAUGUGGACCUGGAUGAAGAGAACAAAGAAUUUCCUGGGGAAUAUUGCGUGACGGAAGAGAGAGAAACAGCCAGUGUGUGUGACUUGGCAUCAUCAGGUUGUGACAGCCGGUGCAGUUCUGUAGCAUCACCAGGUACAGUUUCUGUGUGUCAGGCGGAAUUGCCCGAGAGCCAAGAAGAGCCUGUAGUAUCAGACCAAAAUUCUGCAUCUCUGACCCGAAACGAUGUGGUUGAGGAUUUCUGCCUUUUGGAGAAAGAUAGGGUAGACAGUCUGGUUGAUUCGGUUCCACGACAGGAUAGCCCUGUUCAUCAAAAGACCCUUGAUGAAGAAGCUGAAUUGCCAAGGAUUGAUAACGCAGUUGUUCCAGCCAAACGUCCCAUAUCUCCAGACCAAAUGGAUGUGGUUGAAAGUCCCUAUAUUUCCCAGGAAGAUAAAGGCAUCAGCUUGGCAGACUCAGCUUCCGUACGAGCUUCUGAAUCAUUCCAACCACAGAAUGAUAUGGAAACUGAAGGAGAAUCAGCAGGAAGCCAAGAUCCUCCAGUAUCAACAAAAAACUCCAUCCUUCCAAACACAGUUGAUUUGGUUGAUAUUUCCUGUGUUUCCAUGGAAAACAAAGGAAUCAAUCGGGUCGAUGCAGUUUCAAGGCAUUCUAAUCCUGUCCAUCAUACGGCUCCUAAUGAAGUAAUAGAAUUGCCAACGAACCAAGAAGAUUCUGCAGAAUCAACCAGGUUUCAUUUAUCUACAAAUCUAAUGGAUUUGAUUGAAGAUAUUUCCCAGGAAUCCAUUCACCUCUCCGAUUCAGCUCCACUGCAAAUGUCUGAAGAGUGCCAAGUACAAAACAGGAUGGCGACUCAAGGGGAAUAUUCAGGAAGCCAAGAAAAUGCUGUUGUACCAGCCCAAAAUCUUGCACCUGCAAAAGAAAUGGAUUUGGCUCAAGGUUCCGGUGUGCCCCAGGAUGAGGAAGGAAUCCAGAUGGCUGAUACAGCUCGGUUACGGGCUAGUCCUGUCAAUCAAGCAACAUCAAAUGAAGUAGCAGAGUUGCUAGGAAACCCAGAUAACGAUGCCAUGUCAGCCAAAAAUACUGUACUUCUAGAGCAAACGAAUGUGGCUGAGGAUUCCUGCGCUCCCCAGGAAAAGGAAGUAAUCUACCUGCCUGAUGCAGCUCUGUUGCCUGCUAAUGAAGUUCACCAAAUACAGCACAGUACAGUCACUCAAGAUGGACUGAAGGUUAGACAAACAGCAGAAGUACUGAAUGAUUCUCAAAGCAAAAAAGAAUACCAGAGCUUGGAGAUGGAAGAUAUGGCGAUUGAAGCUAACUCUGCAAAUGAAAGGUUUUGUGUCAGAAGCGAGGGCACUGGAGUCUCUUCUGCAACUCCAGAAGUAGCAUCUGAUGUUGAUACAGUAAAUCAGAUGGACGUUAUUGUAUCUGAAGAUAUCAAGUCUGUCCUUUAUGAGUUGAUAGACACUGUGAGUGCCACGGCUAUGGAGUGUGAAGGAACUUGUGUUAAAGAGAAUCCAGGCUUGAACUGGAUUAGUUCUAUAACCCUCGAGUGUGUGACCCCUCCUGAGAGUGAUGGAGAGAGUUGUACAACUGACCAUUUUGCCCGUACUAAUCCAGCAUGGAUGGCUAAUGAAAGUUUAGAGCAGCAUAGCAUCUUUGUUGACCAGGAGAAAGCAACUUCACAAGGGCAAAGGCAGCGUCCUUUGGGGCCGCAUGAAAGUCUGAGAUCCGGUCAAGUGGAUGUGUUUGAAAGAAGGUCCCUCCAAGAGAAUGAAGCUGCUAUGGGUGUCCUUCCAAGCCCCUGUUGCACAAAUUGGGGAAAGACGGGCAGAGAAAGCCUAGAAUGCAAAUCUCCACUGGCUCAAACAGCUGUGUCAUCAAGGGAGGACGGUACCAUGGUUUCCAUGUUGUAUGAAGUUGACCCAGGGCAAGCUAGCCAGGAAGCAUCUGCGUCCCAGGAGGAAGACCAGUUCAGGGAGGCACGUACAGAAAUCUUGCCUUUUGUGCCUGCAGAAGGUCAGAUUGAAUAUUCAUCGGAAGAAUCUGAUUCACUUACAGAUGAAAACGCAAGAGAGAGUUUGGGGUACUCUGGAAACUCUCUGCAGGGAGACACAAGAGAGAGUUUGCGGGAUGCUGAAGAUGCAUCAGCCGGUGAAAUAAUAUCGCCCACUGAAGCUGCAGAUAUGAAUAUGAACUGGGAAGAGGAGUCUUUUUCUGUCGAUGGUGACCAAGAACUUGUUGGAGAUCCCUAUCAGAGAAAUAAGCCUGGGAGUUCUUGUUGUAUGAGAUCCUCUGCCCCAUCAGAAGCUACUGUAGCUAAUUAUGUCUGUGACUUGGACCUCGAGGAAGACAUCCAUAAAAGUGGCCAUUGGGAGUACCUGGAAAAUAAGGAAGGAGUGUCUGAUGCUGAGGCUGAGGCUAAGAAGCGUGACUGGCAUUUUACGUUUAAAGAAGGUGAGAGGUCUGUACCGUUUUCUCUUGAUCCGGACCGUGAGCCGGGGCUCUUAAAGGAUUAUAUAAACUUUUCUGUGACCACGAAGCACAAAGAAAAAACUAGAACGUUUCACUCUUCCAUGAAGCAUGACAUUUUCACAGGAGAGUUGGGAUUUAUAAACUCCUUGAAUAGGACUUGGAGAUUUUUGAAUGAUCCCGUUCAAAACACUUUAGAUAUGGAGUGUUUGCGUUUCCAUUACAAGGUAAAACAGAUCCUGAAGAAGUCACAACAUUCUACCUCCACUGAGACCUUGACGAAAGAGUUUUCACCUCAGGUAAUAGCAGAAACAUUACCAUUGAGAAAGGUACCUGACCCUCCUGCUUUGAGUCAACCGCCCAGAAGCCAAAGUCCACUUCUGGUUACUAUUGUGAAUCCAGGCUUGAGACCUAGCGCCUCACAUCGGCACCCAAGGAGCAGCAGAUAUGGUGACUCCUUUGAGCCUCCUCCUCUCACUUCCACACAAGAUACAACCAGCAAAGCUGCUAGGCUUAGAAACCAAGGACAGGGCGCAACGGCUCCUUUCCAUCUCAACAAAUUAACUUACAAUAAUAAGCUAAAAGAUUUCCGAGGAGAUAUCUCGGUUAUCAUGGAUGAGUUUGCCGAGUUAAGCAGGGUGAUGACACUGGACAACAGGCAGACAGGUAACAAAGGCAGAGACCCAAAUACUACCUCAGAAGAUGCUCCAGAGAAAAGGUGCCCAUCCUUGUCCAGAUGGACAGCAUCCUACGAGCACCUCUUCAAUGAACUGAGCAACACACUACAUUUCAGACUGAAAAAUGUUGCCCACGAAGCGUGCAAAAAACCCUACGCGUUCUACCUGAUGGAAACGGACGACGAUCCUUUCUUUGGGAGAGUAAAGAAUUUGCUGAAAAAAGGGGGUCACACAGAAACUGAGCCCCUGCAUUUCUGUAAGGCAAGCCACGCGGAAACGGACUGUCUGAUGGUCAUCAUUAGAAAUGAGGACAUAUUUCCACAUAUACAUAAAAUCCCUUCCUUGCUGCGGCUAAAGCACUUUCCCAGUGUGACGUUUGCUGGCGUGGACAACCCUGAGGACGUCCUGGAUCACACCUAUCAGGAGCUGUUCUGCAGUGGAGGCUUCGUGGUGACGGAUGAUGCAGUGCUGGAGACGCUGACGCUGGGGGAGCUGAAGGAGAUGGUCAAAACCCUGGAGAAGCUCAAUGGUCACAGCAGGUGGAAGUGGCUCCUUCACUACAAGGAGACGAAGAAGCUGAGAGAGGACGCCAGGGUGGAUCCCGCCGCUCAUGCCAAGGAAUCGCUCCUGCAGUCCUGCCAGGGGGCCAACAUCACUAAAGCCCUGCACUACCAUCAGUGCGAUUCCAGGUCCUGCCCGAGAGAUGAGCGAUCGCAUUGCUUGCUGCUCUUGCAGGUCCAGCAGAUCAGUGAGAGGUUUGCCGUGUUCCUCACAGGAAAGACCAGCGCCAGCCGAGAGGCCUUGGAGAGCAAAGGGAUCCUCGUGCUGGAUGUAAAUACUUUCAUUGCAACCGCUCAAGAUAUGGUGACAUCGUCGAGAAGUGGCUAUUGAAAACCAAGAUGGAUGCCUUUCUGACCCUUUAACACAGAACAAACCUCUUUUCUGUUUUCUCUCUCAAAAUCCUUGGAGACACAUCCUCGGAGGCACAUGCACAAUAAAAGCUGCCCAUGCAGCCACAACGGAAUAUAUAUUCUUUUUAAUUUCCACUCCUCCUCCCUUGAAUAGAACGGUAGCCGUUUUAUUUAAGCUCUGCAGAGAAGACUUCUCUUUAUUUAACCACAAUGUGGUUAUAUAAAGGAAAAUGUAUUUUUAAUGUUCUCAGUUGUCUUGACUAGAAGAAAGCAUUUAAAGUAUGAUUGUGAAGCUAAAUAGAACGAUCAUAGGAAAAAAUAAAUAACCCUGUUUACUUGAAGGUUUAGAAAUCAGUCCAUUUAAGCCAGUUUUGCAGACAAGGUACAUAACGGCCUCACUCCAACUAGAAGUUUUCCUCUUCAAGCUACGUUACCACCAAUGCUUUUGCACAGCUCCCAUUCAUUUUAGCAGAGCUUGUGAAGGAUGACCCCCAGGUGGAUUGUGACAGGUGUACUUGAAUCUCAAACAUCUUAGGGUCCUGAAGUUUUUUGUACAUCAAAACCAAUAUUUGAUGUUCCUGUGCAAUGAACGUUACCUUUCAAGUUUUUCUUUUUUGCUGAUGGGUAUUAUUAACUAGUAAUGAAUAGAACUUUCUCCUCUUGUAGAUAGCAUGGUUUGAAAUCUGGAAUUGGGCUUCCUUCCUUUUGACAAGUCUAUUUAUGGUAUUGCAAUAAAGGGUUUCACUAAAUUGCAGCACUAAUAAAAGCAAACCUUGUAAGAUACCGUGCAUAUCUCUUUGGAGACUUUUUUUUGUAACUAAUCUUUAUAAAUAAAGGUGACUAAAAAUGUGUUAGCCUGA